AAUAAUAAUAAUAAUAAUAAUAAUAAUAAUAAUAAUAAUAAUAAUAAUAAUAAUAAUAAUAAUAAUAAUAAUAAUAAUAAUAAUAAUAAUAAUAAUAAUAAUAAUAAUAAUAAUAAUAAUAAUAAUAAUAAUAAUAAUAAUAAUAAUAAUAAUAAUAAUAAUAAUAAUAAUAAUAAUAAUAAUAAUAAUAAUAAUAAUAAUAAUAAUAAUAAUAAUAAUAAUAAUAAUAAUAAUAAUAAUAAUAAUAAUAAUAAUAAUAAUAAUAAUAAUAAUAAUAAUAAUAAUAAUAAUAAUAAUAAUAAUAAUAAUAAUAAUAAUAAUAAUAAUAAUAAUAAUAAUAAUAAUAAUAAUAAUAAUAAUAAUAAUAAUAAUAAUAAUAAUAAUAAUAAUAAUAAUAAUAAUAAUAAUAAUAAUAAUAAUAAUAAUAAUAAUAAUAAUAAUAAUAAUAAUAAUAAUAAUAAUAAUAAUAAUAAUAAUAAUAAUAAUAAUAAUAAUAAUAAUAAUAAUAAUAAUAAUAAUAAUAAUAAUAAUAAUAAUAAUAAUAAUAAUAAUAAUAAUAAUAAUAAUAAUAAUAAUAAUAAUAAUAAUAAUAAUAAUAAUAAUAAUAAUAAUAAUAAUAAUAAUAAUAAUAAUAAUAAUAAUAAUAAUAAUAAUAAUAAUAAUAAUAAUAAUAAUAAUAAUAAUAAUAAUAAUAAUAAUAAUAAUAAUAAUAAUAAUAAUAAUAAUAAUAAUAAUAAUAAUAAUAAUAAUAAUAAUAAUAAUAAUAAUAAUAAUAAUAAUAAUAAUAAUAAUAAUAAUAAUAAUAAUAAUAAUAAUAAUAAUAAUAAUAAUAAUAAUAAUAAUAAUAAUAAUAAUAAUAAUAAUAAUAAUAAUAAUAAUAAUAAUAAUAAUAAUAAUAAUAAUAAUAAUAAUAAUAAUAAUAAUAAUAAUAAUAAUAAUAAUAAUAAUAAUAAUAAUAAUAAUAAUAAUAAUAAUAAUAAUAAUAAUAAUAAUAAUAAUAAUAAUAAUAAUAAUAAUAAUAAUAAUAAUAAUAAUAAUAAUAAUAAUAAUAAUAAUAAUAAUAAUAAUAAUAAUAAUAAUAAUAAUAAUAAUAAUAAUAAUAAUAAUAAUAAUAAUAAUAAUAAUAAUAAUAAUAAUAAUAAUAAUAAUAAUAAUAAUAAUAAUAAUAAUAAUAAUAAUAAUAAUAAUAAUAAUAAUAAUAAUAAUAAUAAUAAUAAUAAUAAUAAUAAUAAUAAUAAUAAUAAUAAUAAUAAUAAUAAUAAUAAUAAUAAUAAUAAUAAUAAUAAUAAUAAUAAUAAUAAUAAUAAUAAUAAUAAUAAUAAUAAUAAUAAUAAUAAUAAUAAUAAUAAUAAUAAUAAUAAUAAUAAUAAUAAUAAUAAUAAUAAUAAUAAUAAUAAUAAUAAUAAUAAUAAUAAUAAUAAUAAUAAUAAUAAUAAUAAUAAUAAUAAUAAUAAUAAUAAUAAUAAUAAUAAUAAUAAUAAUAAUAAUAAUAAUAAUAAUAAUAAUAAUAAUAAUAAUAAUAAUAAUAAUAAUAAUAAUAAUAAUAAUAAUAAUAAUAAUAAUAAUAAUAAUAAUAAUAAUAAUAAUAAUAAUAAUAAUAAUAAUAAUAAUAAUAAUAAUAAUAAUAAUAAUAAUAAUAAUAAUAAUAAUAAUAAUAAUAAUAAUAAUAAUAAUAAUAAUAAUAAUAAUAAUAAUAAUAAUAAUAAUAAUAAUAAUAAUAAUAAUAAUAAUAAUAAUAAUAAUAAUAAUAAUAAUAAUAAUAAUAAUAAUAAUAAUAAUAAUAAUAAUAAUAAUAAUAAU